ACACGGCGCACGUGCUCAAGAAAAAGAUGGCGGCGGUUGGUGCUGGAUCGCUCGCACUUCUCAGUGUCUCCAACAAGAAAGGCUUGGUUGAGUUUGCAAAACAACUUCAUGAUUUAGGCUUUAGGCUGGUGGCUUCUGGGGGGACUGCUAAUGCUAUCCGCAAUGCUGGUAUCCCAGUCCGGGAUGUGUCAGAGAUUACUGGCGCCCCUGAGAUGCUUGGGGGCCGUGUGAAGACAUUACACCCAGCAGUACAUGGGGGCAUUCUGGCCAGGGUAUCAGAAGGUGACAAAGCUGACAUGGCAAAGCAAGGCUUUGAGUAUAUCAGAGUUGUCGUUUGUAACCUCUAUCCCUUUGUGAAUACCGUGGCCAAAGAAGGUGUUAUAGUCUCAGAAGCAGUUGAGCAAAUUGAUAUUGGUGGAGUGACUUUGCUUCGAGCUGCCGCCAAGAACCAUGAGCGAGUGACUGUUGUUUGUGACCCAGAGGACUAUAAUAAAGUACUAUCUGAAAUGACAGCAAAUGAGACUUGUGAUACCCUGCCAGAUACCAGAAAGACACUUGCACUUAAGGCUUUCAGUCACACUGCCAGCUAUGACAUGGCCAUCUCUGAUUACUUCCGUAAAGAGUACAGUGAAAAUGUAUCACACAUCCCGUUACGGUAUGGCAUGAACCCCCAUCAAAAGCCUGCCCAGCUGAUGACCAUGCAGCCUGAACUUCCUGUCAAAGUUCUGAAUGGUGCUCCAGGGUUCAUCAACCUGUGUGAUGCUUUCAACUCUUGGCAGCUCGUCAGGGAGUUGCACCAGUCUCUGGGCAUACCUGCUGCAGCCUCAUUCAAACAUGUGAGCCCGGCAGGUGCUGCAGUGGGCACCCCUCUUACCCCAGAUGAGGCCAAGGUGUGCAUGGUAGACGAUAUGCUGGAUAGACUGACUCCUUUGGCUACUGCUUAUGCCCGCGCCAGGGGUGCUGACAGAAUGUCAUCAUUCGGUGACUGGGUUGCUUUGUCUGAUGAAUGCGACUUAGCAACUGCCAAGAUCAUCUCUAGGGAGGUUUCAGAUGGAGUUAUCGCACCCAGCUAUCAAAACGAAGCUCUGGAAGUUCUUAAAAAAAAGAAAGGUGGAAAGUACUGUAUCUUACAGAUGGACCCAUCAUACGAACCACCUGCACUAGAAAGCAGAACAAUAUUUGGAUUGCAACUUGAACAGCUGCGAAACAAUGCCAAGAUCGAUGCUGAUGUGUUCAAGAAUGUUAUGACUAAGCGAAAAGAUUUACCAGAGUCAGCUGUGCGAGACCUUACUGUGGCAAGUAUAGCCUUGAAGUACACUCAGUCCAACUCUGUCUGCUAUGCAAAAAAUGGCCAGGUGGUUGGCAUAGGGGCUGGACAGCAGUCUAGAAUCCACUGCACAAGGCUGGCUGGCGACAAGGCAAAUAAUUGGUGGCUUCGUCAUCACCCCAGAGUUUUACAGAUGUCUUUUAGGAAGGGUGUCAAAAGGGCAGAGAUGUCUAAUGCAAUUGAUGUGUAUGUCAAUGGAACUGUGGGACAGGACACCGACAAAGCUACAUGGGAGGCCAUGUUUGAGAGUCCACCAGAGCUCCUUACUGAGAAUGAUAGGAAGGAAUGGAUAGCUAAGUUAAAAGGAGUAUCUCUCAGUUCAGAUGCAUUCUUCCCCUUCCGAGAUAACAUUGACCGUGCUGUACAGAGUGGUGUAGAGUUCAUUGCAAGUCCAUCUGGCUCUGCUGCAGAUACCAUAUGCAUAGAGGCUGGAGAUGAGCACAAUAUCACAAUGGUCCACACAAAUAUACGCCUCUUUCACCACUAGAACCCAGCAUUUGCUCCAGAACUUCAAUCGAAAAAGCAAUAUUGUCGGCUAACUGCUAAACCUGCAAACAAUAGAAAAUCACAAUGAAUUUAUCUGCAAUUUAGUGUAGGAUGCACAUGCUUGUGUUGUGAAAAAAAAUAAAGAUGAACUAAAGGCA